CACCCUCUCUAUCAUCAUCCACUACACAUCUAAUUCCAUUUUUUUCUCUUUAUAUAUCUAACCUUUGAUCAUCAUCAUCUCUCGUAUUUUUGCAUCCACUGAUCUCCCUUUUGAGAUUUUCUCGGUUUGCUCUUUGAUCAAUUAAAGGUAGAGCUUUCAGUCGUGAAACAUUUAUGUUUUUUUCUUGAUUUGGUUCACUGGUGAUUGGCUGGCCAGAUCAGGGAGAAACAGGAGGAACAACAUGGGGUUUCUUGGAAAAUCUUGUAGGGGCUUUUUGUUUCCCAUUUGUUGACUUGUUGGCAGAGAAUUUAAAGAAAAAAUAAAGGGUUUGCAGAAACAGAGGAUAUUGAACCAGAGAAGCAGGGGAGACUGAGAAUUUGAGAUUUGGGUUUGAUUUGAGAAUUGAACUUUGCUGAUAGAUUUAUAAUUUAAGCUAUUUAAAUCCUCUACCCUGCAACGUUCAGGCACUGCGAUAAUUUGGCAAUGCCCAUGGAUGCCACUACGAGUGGAACCCCAACUAUACAAUACCAUAACAUCAAUGAUCAGCCUGUCACUGUCACAGCCAUUGUUGCUGUUCCUGUUUCAACAUAUCAGCGAAAUCAGCGCCAUUGUUUUGGGGACUUGAUUCCUGGAGAAUUCCCGUUAGCUACCAAUCCAUCAAUUGUCCUUCAUGUUCUCACCGCGUGUAACUUGGAUCCUCAAGAUCUUGCAAAACUAGAGGCAACAUGCUCCUUCUUUAGGCAGCCAGCAAACUUCCCCCCCGACAAUGAAUUAUCCAUAUCAGAGCUUGCUGCUCUGGAUAUGUGUCAAAAAAGAGCCAUAUUUAAGCCAAUGGCACCUGAAGAACGCCAAGAUUUGAAACAAAGAUGCGGGGGCUCGUGGAAACUGGUCCUGCGAUUUUUGCUGGCUGGAGAAGCAUGUUGCAGGAGGGAGAGAUCCCAGGCAAUUGCAGGACCUGGUCACAGUAUUGCUGUGACAUCGAAUGGAGUAGUUUACUCCUUUGGCUCUAAUAGCUCAGGACAACUUGGGCAUGGCACCACUGAAGAGGAGUGGCGACCUCGGCAAAUCAGAUCCCUCCGAGGCAUUCGAAUUAUCCAAGCAGCUGCUGGACCUGGUAGGACAAUGCUGAUUAGUGAUGCUGGGCAGGUUUAUGCCUUUGGAAAGGAUUCCUUUGGUGAAGCUGAGUACGGAGCUCAAGGAUCUAAAAUGGUUACAACUCCACAGCUGGUUGAGUCCUUGAAAAACAUAUUUGUGGUGCAAGCUGUGAUAGGAAAUUUUUUCACUGCUGUAUUGUCCAGAGAAGGAAGGGUUUAUACAUUUUCUUGGGGAAAUGAUGGCAGAAUUGGUCAUCAGACAGAGCCAAAUGAUGUUGAACCCCAUCCUUUGUUGGGGGCACUUGAGAACAUUCCAGUGGUACAAAUUGCAGCUGGAUACUGUUACCUUCUUGCUCUGGCCUGUCAUCCUAGUGGCAUGUCAGUAUACUCUGUUGGAUGUGGCUUGGGUGGGAAGCUUGGACAUGGAUCAAGAACUGAUGAGAAAUACCCCCGAUUGAUAGAACAGUUCCAGCUUUUGAACCUUCAGCCAAUGGUGGUUGCUGCUGGUGCAUGGCAUGCUGCUGUGGUAGGAAGGGAUGGACGGGUUUGCACAUGGGGUUGGGGUCGCUAUGGGUGUUUGGGCCAUGGAAAUGAAGAGUGUGAAUCAGUUCCUAAGGUGGUGGAAGCAUUGAGCAAGGUCAAAGCUGUUAAUGUUGCUACAGGGGAUUACACAACCUUCGUGGUUUCUGAUGACGGUGACGUAUACUCAUUUGGUUGUGGUGAAUCUGCUAGUCUAGGUCAUAAUGCUGCUGCUGAUGAACAGGGAAAUAGGCAUGUCAAUGUGUUAAGCCCAGAGCUAGUAACAUCAUUGAAGGAGGUGAAGGAGCGAGUAGUGCAGAUCAGCCUAACCAAUUCCAUAUACUGGAAUGCCCACACCUUUGCACUCACUGAAUCUGGGAAACUGUAUGCAUUUGGUGCCGGAGACAAAGGGCAGCUUGGUAUGGAACUUGUCAACAACCAAAGCGAAAGGGGGAAUCCAGAACGCGUGGAUGUGGAUCUAAGGUAGAAAUUAAUUAUACCGCAUCCCCACUGUUCCUCCUCGAGCUAUCCUAGUAUCAUUUACCAUCAUCACACAUUGCAUUUGAUGUUUAGAUUUCCUUGUUUAUUCUGUACAUAGGAAACAGAAAGACAAUCGUUAAGAUUUAAGGCUAGGUAGUAAUGGCCAAAGCUCAUUCAUGUAUAUGAUAACAUUUAAAAAGAUGACUAGUGCUUGGCUGCAAGUUGUUAAUAAUUCAUGCAUUGGUUAACGUUCAUCAAUAA